GCGCCCGCGGGGGCGGGGCCUUCCCCGGGAGGGCGCGGCCGUGGCCGCGCGGUGAUGGCGGGAGGCAGCGGCAGGAUGAGGGGCGCCGGGGCCGGCGGCCGGCCCGGGCCGCGGCUGGACGGGCUGCUGGUGCGGCGGUUCGUGGCGCUGCAGGCCGUGCUGUUCCCCGGCUGGCCUUCCCCGAGCGCCCUGAUGUUCCUGACGCUGCUCGGGGUCGCCUUGCUGGAGCAGCUGGUCAUUUACCGGGUCGGCGUCAUCCCCAGCCAGUACUAUGAGGUCCUGGGGAACAAGGACUUCUCCGGGUUCAAAUGGCUGACUGCGCUUGCCCUGGCUCUGAUCGUAGUGAACUCCACGCUGAAAAGCUUCGACCAGUUUAUCUGCAACAUGAUGUACCUGAACUGGAGGAAAUCCCUCACCGAAUACCUCCACAGCUGCUACUUCCAAGGGCAGGUCUACUACAGCCUGCACGUGCUGCGUGAAGACAUCGAUAAUCCGGACCAGCGCAUCAGCCAGGAUGUGGAGAGGUUCUGCAGGCAGCUCAGCUCCAUGGCCAGCAAGCUCAUCAUCUCACCCUUCACACUGGCCUACUACACAUACCAGUGUUUCCACAGCACAGGCUGGCUAGGCCUGGUGAGCAUCUUUGGGUAUUUCAUCAUUGGGACGAUCGUCAACAAGGUAUUGAUGAGCCCAAUUGUGUCUAAACUUGUGCAGCAGGAAAAACUGGAGGGGGAUUUCAGGUUCAAGCACAUGCAGAUUCGUGUCAACGCGGAACCAGCUGCUUUCUACAGGGCUGGGCGAGUGGAGCACAUGCGCACGAACUGGAGGCUGCAGAGCUUGCUGCGGAUGCAGAGGGAGCUGAUAGGCAAGGAGCUGUGGCUAUACAUUGGGAUCAACACCUUUGACUACUUGGGCAGCAUCCUGAGCUAUGUGGUCAUCGCCAUUCCCAUCUUUUCCGGGGUUUACGGUGACCUGAGUCCAACAGAGCUCAGCGCCCUCGUCAGCAAGAAUGCCUUUGUUUCCAUCUACCUCAUCAGCUGCUUCAGCCAGCUCAUAGAUCUCUCCAGCACUGUGACCGACGUAGCUGGCUACACACACAGGAUUGGUGAACUGCAGGAGACCUUGCUGAGCCUUGGCAGAAAAAAAAAUGAUAACUACUCAGAAGCCAAAGCAAGCUGGGAUUUGGAUGGCAGCAGUUCUGGGGAGGACCCAGUGCCAAGGGACACAGCGUUCCUUCUGGAGCAAGUGACACUUUCGGUGCCAUCCUCUGGCAAGCUGCUUAUCAAGGACUUGAGCCUCAGGAUCUCACAAGGAAACAGUAUGAUGAUUGUGGGGAACACUGGCACAGGAAAGACAUCUCUCCUGAGGGUCCUUGGGGGACUCUGGGAGAGCACACGGGGGAGCAUCAAGAUGCUGACCUGCUUUGGCCCACGGGGAGUUGUGUUCCUGCCGCAGCGGCCCUUCUUCACUGACGGAAGCCUGCGCGAACAGGUGAUCUACCCCCUGAAGGAGAUCUAUCCAGUUUCAGGGUCUGCAGAUGAUGAGAGAAUUGUGCGAUUCCUGGAGCUGGCUGGACUGACUGAUUUGCUGGCGAGGGCCGGAGGACUGGAUGAGCAGGUGGACUGGAACUGGUAUGACAUCCUGUCCCCAGGGGAGAUGCAGAGGCUCUCGUUUGCACGGCUCUUCUACCUCCAGCCAAAAUAUGCGGUGCUAGAUGAAGCCACCAGCGCUCUGACAGAAGAGGUGGAGCAUGAACUGUACCAUGUGUGCCUUCAGCUGGGCAUGACGCUGAUCAGUGUGGGACACAGGCCCAGCCUGGAAAAGUUCCACACCUGGAUUUUGAAACUUCAUGGGGAGGGAAGAUGGGAGCUCACUCGAUGUGAGAAGAUGAAGCGGCUCCCAGCUGGGGACAGAUGCUGAAAAAAACCAUGCUCUCAUCCAGCAGAACCUGCACAUGCAUGGGAGAGCUCUGAACAGCAGGCAUGGAGCUGCUGAGCCAGCAGCUGUCGACAAGGGAUUUACCCAGCACAAGACUGGUUCUGGAUUUUGCUGGUGGACAAGAGUCAAGUCUGAACUCAUGGUGUGGGGUUCUGCUAGGAGCAGAUGCAUCUAUGCCACCCUUCUCCCAGCCUCUCUGCCUCUCAUGGGGGGAAGAGCUGAGAUGCUAGGCUGCCCAAAGAGAAGAUGCUGUCUUGUGGGGCUGGUAGAGGCAAUGACCAGAGGAACCUCCACUUGUCCAGGAUGCAGUGGUGUGAGGCUAGGAUGCAGCCUCCUGUUCUGCCCUCUGUGCCUUGCUGGGAACCUCUGUAUCUUUGGUACACAGCUCUGCAGAACAGACUUCCGUACCUGUGGCUCUUUGAGGGUUGUGUUCCCCAUGCACAGUAAGGGAAAGAGAAUGCUGACACAAAGAAGGGGCAUGUUUCUGCUGUCCUUAUGACACAAGGUUACUGGUCAAGGGAACACUUUUGUAGUAAAAUCCAGGGCCUGUUUUCCAUUGA